AAGGGAGGCUGUUGCCUUUUCACCUUGUUUUCAGCUCAUGGACUUUGUGCCUGAGGCUAAUCACAGUGAGGAUAUGGCAGCCACACGACGUCUGUCCGGCACAGUAGCCGUGAUUACCAUCGACCACCCCACCGUCAAUGCUCUGAGCUCUUCUGUCCGUCAUGCGCUAGUGAAAGUGUUCGGAGAGGCCAUUAAAGACCCAGCAGUGGAGGCCAUUGUGCUGUCUGGAGCCAAUGGAAAGUUCAGCGCAGGUGCAGACAUCCGGGAAUUUUCCUCCCCAGAAUUGAAGAUUGUCUCAUUAGAAGAUUUAAAUGCCAUCGUUGAAGCCAGCAAGAAGCCAGUGGUGGCUGCAAUUGAAGGCGUGGCCCUUGGCGGAGGGCUUGAGCUGGCAUUGGCUUGUCACUACAGGGUGGCAGAUAUAAAGUCCCGGGUGGGACUUCCUGAGGUUCUCAUUGGCCUUCUCCCAGCAGCCGGAGGAACGCAGCGCCUGCCGCGGCUAAUCGGUGUUCCAGCGACUCUAGAUGUCAUUCUGCAAGGAAGACAUAUUCCUGCCCCUGAGGCCUUACAGCUGGGUAUUGUGGAUGACGUUGUGCAAGGAAACAUUGUGGAUGCAGCCAUACAAGUGGCCCGGAAGGUUGUAGGAUCUCCUUUGGACAAACGGAGGUUAAGCACCAAGUUUGUCUCAUCCAAUCCAAAUAUGGAAGACUUCCUGGACACUGCCGUGGAGAAAGCCAAGAAGCAGUUCCGUGGGGCCCAAGCUCCUUUAGCCUGCAUCAAAGCUGUAAGGGCGUCUGUCCACCUACCGUACCACCGCGCUGUGGAGAUGGAGAGGGAGCUGUUCGCCUCCCUCUUGGCCACAGGCCAGCCCCAAGCACAGCAGUAUGCCUUCUUCUCAGAGAGGAACGUUGGCAAGUGGACGCACCCCUCAGGUGGCAGAUGGGAUACGGUGCCGCCGAAACCUGUCCGCACAGCAGCUGUCAUAGGACUGGGGACAAUGGGAAGAGGGAUAGUCACCUCACUAGCCAAGGCAAACAUUCCUGUGAUCGCCCUGGAACAGGACGCCCAGCAGCUGGAUCUGGGGAAGAAAGCGGUGAACGCAUUAUUGGAACGUGAAGCUGAGAAGUUAAAGAAGCAAGGAUUUGAUUCAAAGAGUGGACUGGGUUCUGUUCAGUUCACCCUGGACUUUGGAGAACUUCAAGAUGUAGAACUGGUCAUUGAGGCAGUGUAUGAGAACAUGGAACUGAAGAAGCAAAUAUUCAGUAAGUUGUCAGCAAUCUGUAGACCCGAUGCCUUCCUCUGCACUAACACAUCCGGACUUAAUAUCGAUGAAAUUGCAUCCAUCACGGACCGUCCUCAGCAAGUCAUUGGCACUCACUUCUUCUCCCCUGCCAACAUCAUGAGGCUCCUUGAGGUGGUGAGAGGCCAUCACACCUCACUCCCUACCAUUGCUACAGCUAUGAACCUGGGAAAGACACUGGGGAAAGUGGCAGUACUGGUAGGCAACUGUCCCUUAUUUGUUGGGAAUCGUAUGCUGGGCCCAUACACCGAGCAAGCGGCUUACCUUUUAGAGGAAGGAUGGUAUCCAGAAGAAGUGGACAGAGCUCUUGAAGAUUUUGGCCUUGCCAUGGGUCCUUUCCGCAUGAUGGACCUGGCCGGACUGGAUGUUGGCUGGAGGUCAAGAAUGGAGAAGGGACUCACUGGUGCCAAGGUUCCCCAUGGUACUCCCGCAAGGGAACGCUACGGUAGUAGGUACAGUCCUCUUGCCGACAUGCUUUGUGAAAUGGGAAGAUUUGGUCAGAAGUCUGGCAAAGGCUGGUACCAGUAUGAGAAACCAUGGGGCAGAAAUGCCCAGCCCGAUCCUUGGGUGAAAGAUUUCCUGGAGAAAUAUAGACGCACGCACCAAAUAAAGCAACACCGCUCAAGUCCCGAGCAGAUAUUGGAACGAUGCCUGUAUGCACUCAUCAAUGAAGGCUUCCGGGUCUUGGAAGAUGGAAUAGCCUCUGGUCCAGAGGAUAUAGAUGUCAUCUACAACAAUGGUUAUGGCUGGCGUAAGUACAGAGGAGGGCCGAUGUAUUAUGCCUCCAACGUUGGCUUGCCUAAAGUGCUGGACAUGCUGGAGAAUUAUCACAAGACCAACCCAGAUGUCCCAAGUAUGAAGCCGGCCUUUCUACUUAAAAAGCUUGUAUCCGUGGGAAGUCCUCCGAUCAAAGCGUGGAGAACCCAGGUUGGAAAGCUCAGUCACAGGCUCUGAUUGUAGCCAUGGGAGAUUUCCACUCUGAACAUUCCAGAUUACUGCCAGACAAUUAAUGUUAGUGGAAUAUUUUCAUCAAUAUAUUGGAAAUCAUGAUAAAUAAUCCUACUGACAUAUAAAUGAAUCACUCAGAAUGACUGAAUAUGUGCAAUAUUUUUUCCCCCAUAAUAAAUUGAAUAAGAGUUGUUUAAAGAAAA